AUGUCUCGACUACAGCACCUCGCACCCGCUCUCUCCCGCCUCUACCCAUGGACAUCCAGCCCGCUGAUCGUCAGCGCUCCCAUGCGUGUCAUGUCAGGCCCGGCCCUAGCUGUGGCAGUAUCCCGCGCCGGCGGCCUUGGCUUCAUAAACAACGCCAGCCCAGACAUAGCCGCAGAUCUAGAGCAAGCAUCAUCCCUUAUAUCUUCAUCUACCCUCAACGCAACACCAACACCAACACCAACCCCGCACCUCCCCAUCGGCGUGGGCUUUCUCCUCUGGGCCGACGACCUCGACUCCGCCGUCGCAACCAUCCAGAAAUACAAGCCCUGCGCGGUAUGGCUCUACGCCCCGCCUAACGGCCAAGCAGACCUCGACACCUGGUCCCGUGGAAUCCGCACCGCCUCGCCAGGAACCCAGAUCUGGAUCCAGAUCGGGACUUUAUCUGAAGCUAGGAGUCUCUUGAAAUCGGCAGAGAAACCCGACGUGGUCGUCGUCCAAGGCGCCGAAGCUGGCGGCCACGGCCGGGCUAAAGACGGGUUGGGUCUGAUUUCGCUCCUCCCUGAAGUGGCUGAUGCGUUUGCGGGGAGUGAGAUUCCCCUAUUUGCUGCGGGCGGGAUAGCUGAUGGACGGGGGGCAGCGGCGGCGCUGUGUCUUGGGGCAUCGGGGGUGGUGAUGGGGACGAGGUUUCUGGCUGCGAAUGAGACGAGGAUUGCGCGUGGGUAUCAGCAGGAGGUUGUACGGGCGGAAGAUGGGGCUGUGACUACUAUGAAGACGUUGUUGUAUAAUCAUCUCCGGGGCACGUUUGGGUGGCCGGAGGACUAUACUCCCAGGACGAUUAUUAAUCGGUCGUGGGUUGAUCAUCUGGCUGGGAAGGGGUUUGAGGAGUUGAAGGUGCUACAUGAUGAGGCUGCCAAGGAGGGGGAUAAGGCGUGGGGGCCGGAGGGACGGCUGGCGACGUAUGCGGGGGCGUCGAUUGGGUUGAUCCAUGAGGUUAAGGAUGCGGAGAGCAUUGUGAAAGAGGUGAGGGAGCAGGUGUUGGAGCGGUUUGGGUCGAUUGGGGGUCAGUAG